AUCACUGAUUUCCCUAACAAGCCAGUCAAACAAACCACGUCGGUUCACGGCUACUGAUCAGGCGAAUCGACAUACUCCCGGUGUUAGCUUCCUACUUUUAUCCUUUGCGCCUCCUCCCCCCACGCCAUCAGCCACUUGGAAAACUAUAGAACAAGACCGGGAAAUCCGCAUGCGCCGGGCUUAAGAGUCCUAAACUCCCCUUCAAACCCUCGUAUCCCUCCACCUUCAGCAAAAGAAAGCACGAGCAUUCCAAAAAAAACAACAUGGCCAAAUCCGCCCGACGAGGCCCCAAGGCCAAGGGCUCUACGACCACAUCCUCCUCCUCAUCGGGAUCCGGUACAUCGACACCAGCCUCUCAAUCCGCGGCGAUGCCUCUGCCUCCGUUCACGAAAGCCCCGUCCAGCCUCCUGCCCCUCCUCUCCCCGCUCUCGCCGCGCGAGAUCUACCUCAUCCACAUCGACAGCACGCCGAUCAGCCAGAAGAAGCAGACCUUCGUCGUGCCCGUGCUCAUGAACCUCGCCAUCGUCGGUCUGCUCGCCUACCGGGUCUACUCCGUGCGCCACAUCUACCCGGCGAUGUUCGCCUCGCUGGUCGGCCUGACCACUGCCCUCUCCGUCGACACCGCCACCCUCAGCUGGGGCGAUCUCUCCGGCCUCCUGCUGGGCCGGUUCUUCACCGUCCUGCUCGACUACUUCCUCGUCACCGUGCUCCUGCCCUGGCCGAUCCGGUUCGUCUUCGGCCCCGUCCAGUGGCGCCGCCGCGUCGGGUUCCGCGACCGGGAGAUUAUCGUCCGCCGGAGCCAGUCCGGGCUGACGCAGGACCUGAAGCGCGACCGCUGGAUCCGCGAGGACGAGGAGACGCGCGACCGGAUCGUCACGGCCGUGACGCCGGAGAAGCUCCGAAAGACGGGCUACCUGCUCGUGGACAAGGACUGGGAUCUGGACUAUGAGGCGAUGAUCGUGGCGCAUGAGAUGGUCGACGGAGGCCAUGGCUCCCCGGACAGCAAAGAACAGACCGUCAAGCUGGAAGAGUUCCGGACGGCGGUGGUGGUGAACACGGACGCUCACGGCUGGUUGGUCUGGCGGGUCGAUGAUGAGAAUCAGACCUCCGUUCCGGAUGCAGACUCUUCUGCCUCCUCCUCCUCGUCGUCGUCGAAGAAGGACCAGAAAGGCAAAGGGAAGCAAGAGAUCAGCGACGGUGCGGUCCGAUCGGCCCAGCGCGAUCAGAUCAUUGAGUUCCAGCAGAAGUUGACCGCAAUGGGCAAGGAGGACCUGUUCUACCGGUGGGUCGAGCUGAUUCAGUACGAGAGCACUCAACCCGGUGGGUUCACGCCCGAAAGGCAGGUGUCGGCCAUGAAGCAGGUCAAGCAGCUUUUCGAGGAGAAUGAUGUGGAUUUCGACAAGUUCUGGGAGGACGUGGGUGGGAUGGAGGAGUUCACGGAACAACUAGAUUAGUUAUCCUACCCAUUUUUUGUCCUUUUCUCGUGCGUUUGGGGCUUUACCAUAAUUAUUCGUUCUUGUUGUAAUAUAGACUGGUUUUUACGGAUGUUGCAGGAGAGAAACCAUCUUUGUUUACUCAAAGGCUUGAGGCAUUGGGAGCAUCGGUGGUGCAUGGCGAGGCGUGGCAAUGCCGGCUUACAGGGCAUUUGUCGCUCCCAAUCUAUUUCAUUUAAGUCGAACAUCUUCGUGCAAAUGUUUCAAAUCAGAGUCCAUAGCAACGUGCCUGUGUCUAGUUUGCGCCGGCUAAUCAAGACAG